UUUAUCGCAAUGGAGGUGCCGCUAGGCGGCGGUCGGGCGCUGCGCUUCUUUCUCUUCGAUGGCGUGAGCAACAGCGGUGAGCUGCUGGCCUCGCUUCAAGCCGGGACACUCUCUCCCGAGGUUGCGCUCUUCAAUGCAUCGCUGGUGCCGGAUUUGUUUCCGGUGCUUGCGUCGGCACACCGGACGCUCUUGUCGCAGUCGCGAGGUAAUCUCGUCACGCGAACUCUACACUCGGAGCUCGUUUACAACUUUUCUGGAUCGAAGCACAUCACGGAAUCACUGCGAAGGUGUGGAAUUUCAAGCGAUACCAGCUACGUUCUAGUUGCUCAGUUCGACUGUCCUGCUGAAAAGGAGAAUGAAGUGAGGAAGCUCAUCCAAGGACGAGAAAUAAGCUUGGAGGAACUGGCAAAGCGAGCAGACACGGCUCUCAUCCAAAAGCAUUUCAAGGUUCCACCGCUGGAGUUGGAAAUCUCCUCCUUGACCGACGCCGUGACAUCCCGCAUUGCAGCUCGGGAUGCACUCUAAUCUAGGUGUAAGAUUUUCCUAAGUAAAGGAAGCAUUUUGCGUGUUGGUCCGCUG